AUGGCAGAGGAAGGGGCUGUAGCCGUCUGCGUGCGGGUCCGACCUCUCAACAGCAGAGAAGAAGCUCUUGGAGCAGAUACCCAAGUUUACUGGAAAACUGACAAGAAUACUGUUUAUCAAGUUGAUGGGAGUAAAUCUUUCAAUUUUGAUCGUGUUUUUCAUAGUAAUGAAACUACUAAAAAUGUGUAUGAAGAAAUAGCAGUACCCAUCAUAGAAGCUGCCAUACAAGGCUAUAAUGGUACUAUAUUUGCUUAUGGGCAGACUGCUUCAGGAAAAACGUACACUAUGAUGGGGUCACAAGAUUACUUGGGAGUAAUACCCAGGGCAAUUCAUGAUAUUUUCCAGAAAAUUAAAGAGUUUCCUGAUAGGGAAUUUCUUUUGCGUGUGUCCUACAUGGAAAUUUACAACGAAACCAUUACAGACUUACUCUGUGACACACGAAAAAUGAAACCUUUAAUAAUUCGAGAAGACUUCAAUAGGAAUGUAUAUGUGUCAGAUCUCACAGAAGAAGUGGUUUAUACAUCAGAAAUGGCUUUGAAGUGGAUCACAAAGGGAGAGAAGAACAGACAUUAUGGAAUAACAAAAAUGAAUCAAAGAAGCAGUCGUUCUCACACCAUCUUCAGAAUGAUUUUGGAAAGCCGAGAAAAAGGUGAACCUUCUAAUUGUGAAGGAGCUGUCAAGGUGGCCCAUUUGAAUUUGGUUGACCUUGCUGGCAGUGAAAGAGCUGCACAAACAGGAGCUGAAGGUGUACGACUCAAGGAAGGCUGUAAUAUAAAUCGAAGCUUAUUUAUUCUGGGCCAAGUGAUCAAGAAACUUAGUGAUGGACAAGUUGGUGGCUUCAUAAAUUACCGGGAUAGCAAAUUAACACGAAUUCUCCAGAAUUCUUUGGGAGGAAAUGCAAAAACACGUAUUAUCUGCACAAUUACUCCUGUAUCUUUUGAUGAAACUCUUACUACCCUACAGUUUGCCAGCACUGCUAAGUAUAUGAAGAAUACUCCUUAUGUUAAUGAGGUAUCAAGUGACGAAGCUCUUCUGAAAAGAUAUAGGAAAGAAAUAAUGGACCUUAAAAAACAAUUAGAGGAGGUUUCUUUAGAGACUCGGGCCCAGGCAAUGGAAAAAGACCAGCUGGCUCAACUUUUGGAAGAAAAAGACAUGCUCCAAAAAGUACAGAUUGAGAAAAUUCAAAAUUUAACACAGAUGCUGGUGACCUCUUCCUCUCUCACAUCUCAACAGGAAUUAAAGGCUAAAAAAAAGCGAAGAGUGACCUGGUGCCUUGGCAAAAUCAACAAAAUGAAGGACUCUGCCUAUGUAAAUGAAUUUAAUAAGAUGUCUGAUGUAGCAGUAAAACCAAACAAGGUUACUUUACUAGGAGAAAUUGAUGAGUCCCUGUACUCAGAGCCUGAUGUUUUUAUUAACACUUUUGACACAACUGAGAUAGAAUGGAAUCCAGCAACAAAGUUAUUAACUCAGGAAACCUUAGAAAGUGAGUUGAACUCACUUCGUGCUAAUUAUGACAAUCUAGUAUUAGACUUUGAACGACUAAAAAAAGAAAAUGAAGACAUGGAAUUAAAGUUAAAAGAAAAGAAUGACUUGGAUGAAUUUGAGGCUCUUGAAAGAACAACUAAAAAAGAUCAAGAGAUGCAACUAAUUCAUGAAAUUUCCAGCUUAAAGAAUUUAGUUAAGCAUGCAGAAGUAUAUAAUCAAGAUCUUGAGAAUGAACUGAGUUCCAAAGUUGAGCUGCUUAAAGAAAAGGAAGAAAAAAUUAAGGAGCUACAGAAAAGCAUAGACUCACAGAGGUCAGAAACUAUAAAAAUGGACUUCUCAUACUCAGCGGAAAACACUGAAGACCUCAAGCAGAUGAGACAGACUCUAUUUGAUGCCGAAACUGUAACUCUUGAUGCCAAGAGAGAAUCAGCCUUUCUUAGAAGUGAAAAUCUAGAGCUGAAUGAAAAAGUGAAAGAACUUGAAAAUGCAUGCAAGCAAAUGGAAAAUGAUAUGAAGGCCUUUCAAAGGCAAUUGGAGACAAAAAAGAAAAUGCAAGCUGAUCUAGAGAAAGAAUUACAAUUUGCUUUUAAUGAAAUAGGAAAAUUGACCUCCCUUGUAGAUGGCAAAGUUCCAAAAGAUCUGCUCUCUAACUUGGAGUUAGAAAAUAGAAUGACUCAUCUCCAGAAAGAACUGAAUAAAGAAAUUGAGGAAAAUGCAGCUUUGCGCAAAGAAGUUAAUUUGCUCUCAGAAUAUAAAUUAUUAUUUUCUGAAGUAGAAAUGUUGAGAAAAGAGAUACGUGAUAAAUCUGAAGAACUUAAUCUAACAACAUCAGAAAAAGACAAGCUUCUUUCUGAAGUAGCUGAUAAGGACAGUAGGAUUCAAGGUUUAUUAGAAGAAAUUAAGAAAACUAAAGAUGACCUAGCAGCUACACAGCUCAAUUAUAAAAGUAUUGAUCAAGAAUUCCAAGAUUUUAAAAGCCGUGACAUGGACUAUGAAGACAAAUAUAAGCUGGUCCUUGAGGAGAAUGCAAGACUGACUCGAGACUUAGAAGCCCUCUCCAAAGAAAUUAAAACACUUGGUUUAAGUUUGGAUGAUGUCAAGAUAGAGCUUUCUCAUAAAAGCCAUGAACUUCAGGAGAAAUCAGCUGAUUAUCAAGAAAGGUUAAAUGAAAUGGAAAGGCUGAAGGAAGAAAUAGAAAGUAGAGAUUCUAGGCUGCAAACUAUAGAAAAGGAGAAAACAUUGGCUAAUGAGAAACUGCAACAAACAUUGGAAGAAGUGAAAACCAUAACCCAAGAAAAAGAUGACCUAAGAAAACUCCAAGAAAGCCUGCAAAUUGAAAGAGACCAACUCAAAAAUGAUAUCCAAGACACUGUAAACAUGAAUAUAGACACACAAGAUCAAUUACGUGAUGCUCUUGAAUGUUUGAAACAAUACCAAGAAACAAUUAAUACCCUGAAGAUGAAAAUUUCUGAAGAAACUCCCAGGAAUUUGCAAGUAGAAGAAAGCAUAGAAGAAAUUAUGGUUGAAAAUCAGGAAAAGACAAUCUACAUAGACAAAAUCCCAAACUCAGAAAACCAGCAAACUCAACUGAUUUCCGAUGUUGGAGAUGAUGAGCUGACUGAGCUUUCUCUACUUCAGGAGAAAAAUGAACUGCACCAAAUGUUAGAGAGUAUUACAGCAGACAAAGAGCAAUUGAAGGCUGACCUAAAGGAAAACAUUGAAAUGACUAUUGAAAACCAGGAAGAGUUAAGAAUUCUUAAUGAUCAGCUAAAAAAGCAAAAGGAGAUAAUGGCACAAGAAAAGAGUGAGACCCUUGAGAAAGAAGAGGAGCUUUCAAGGACCUAUGAAAUGCUGGCAAAAGUUGAAGAAAAUCUAAAGGAAAGGAACCAACAACUUGAAGAAAAGGAACAGCAACUCACCAGUGUAAGAGAAGAAAUGAAUGAGAUGCAGACAAAGAUAAGUGAAAUUAAGAAUUUAAAGGAUGAGUUAAAUGGCAAAAGUUUAACAUUGAAAUGUAUGGAAACAGAGAAACUUGAGUUGACUCAGAAACUUUAUGAAAAUAAUGAAGAAAUGAAAUCUAUAACCAAAGACAGAAAUGAUCUAAGGAAAUUACAGGAGUCAUUUGAAACAGAGAUAAAUCAACUUAAAGGAUAUAUAAGAGAAAUUGAAGCUACAUUUACAUUUCACAUGCAAACAAAAGAAGGUUUAAAAAUUAUUCACAUGAAUCUAAAAGAAUACUAACAAACAAUUGACAAACUAAGAAGAAAUAGUUUUGAGAAGACUGCUCAAUAAAUAUUCAAGGUGGAUCUUGAAAAGUAUUGAACAUCUUUAGAGGAAAUGCCAGCACUUCACGUGGAAAGGAAGUCAGUUCCUAACAUGAAAGAAGUCAGUGAGGGCCAGCAAGCAACACAGGAACUGGAGCAAUUGGAAAGUGAUCUGGAAGCUAAGGGCUCGACAUCUACAAGCAUAGAUGUGGAAAAGUUGAUUGUGAAGCUUGAAGAAAGUUAUGAAGAAGUAAAAUAUAUCACUAAAGAGAGAGACAAUCUUAAAACGCUAAACGAAGCACUUCAAGUUGAAUGUGAUCAGCUGAAAGAAGACCUCAAGGUAACUUUGGCUAAAAUCCAAGAGGCUCAAGACAAAGAACAGUCAUCCAAUAUGAUUGAAAAAGACAUUGAAACUAAAGAAAUGAUAAGUGAGGUGGAGCAAAUGGAGGAGCAAUUAAAAGCCAAAGAUUCCACACUACUGAUGGCAGAAAUGGAAAUUUCUAAGUUAUUUGAGAAACUUCAACAAAGUCAAGAAGAAAUGAAGUCUGUAGCUAAAGAAAGAGAUGACCUAAAGAGGCUCCAAGAAGAUCUCCAAUCUGAAAAUGAGCAACUCAAACAAAACUUUGGAGAACUCAUCUGUACACGUCAGAAAAUGGAAGAAGAUCUUAAAGUUGCUCAUUUACAACUGAAAGAACAGAAGGAAACUAUUGAGAAGCUGAGAAUGACUGUAUCAGAGAAGGAAACUGAAAUGUCAAACAUUCAACGAGAAUUAGAAAUGGCCAGUUGUGAAUUAAAAAAAAAGGUAAUUAAACAUUACUUUAAGGUCCAAGAGAUCAGUGAGGCUCAGGACAAAGUGAGUGAGCUGGAGCAAAUCAUGGAGCAUCUCAAAGCCAAAGAGUCAGCACUACACAGUGUAGAAAUGGACAGGUUUGAGUUGGCUGAAAGAUUUCAGAAAAGUCAAGAAGAAAUAAAAAUUAUAGCCAAGGAAAGAGAUGAACUGAAAUGUGUGCAGGAAUCUCUUGAACUGGAGAGAAACCAACUCAAAGAAAAUAUUAGUGAAUUUGUAGCUAAAAUCCAAGAACUUCAAGAGAAGGAACAUCAGCUUCUAAAGAUAAAAAAUGAUCUUACAGAAAAUAUGUACCAAAUAGAACAACUGAAGAAGCAAUCAGAGACCCAGAAUUCAAUUAUCGAAAGUAUAGAAAUGGAGAAGUUUAAAUUGUCUCAGAGUCUUCAUAAAACCCUUGAAGAUAUGAGUUUGGUAACUAAGGAACGAGAUGACCUAAGAAAUGUGGAGAAAGCCCUCAGGAUGGAACAGGACCAGCUCAGGGAGAGCCUCCAAGAAACUAAAAUAAAAAUUGUUUCUGAAAAGGCAGAUGAAAUGUCAAAUAUCCAGGUAGAUUUUGAAAAUUUACAUGCUCAAUUACAAGGAAAGGUCCAAGAACUUAAGGCAAAUGAAGACCAACUUCUUAAGUUAAAAGAUGAGAUCAGUGAAACUCAGAAAAAAUUAUCUGAAAUAGAACGAUUGAAGAAACAGUUAAAGGCCCAGGAUUUAACUCUGGAUAAAAUAGAAAUGGAGAAUUUAAAUUUGGCUCAGAAGCUUUAUGAAAACAUUGAAGAAAAGAAAUCCGUAAUGAAAGAAAGAGACGAUCUAAAGAGAUCUGAAGAAGCUCUCAAACUGGAGAGAGACCAGCUCAAUGAGAACCUGAGAGAAGCCAAGGCUAGAGAUUUGGAAAUGCAGCAGGAACUGAAAAUUGCUCGCAUGUAUUUAAAAGAACACCAGGACAUAAUUGAUAAACUCAAAGAGAAAGUUUCAGAAAAGACAGCUCAAAUUUCAAAUGUUCAAAAGGACAUAGACCAAUCAAUAGGUGAAUUGCAAGAAAAGAUCCAAGCACUUCAGAAAAAAGAGCUUCAGCUUCUUAAAUUGAAUGAAGAUGUCAGUAAGACUCAGAAAAAAUUGAAUACAGUGGAACCAUUGAAGCAGCAAUUUGAGGUGCAGGCUAUAUCUAUGCGAAGUUUGGAAAUGGAAAACUUGCAUUUGAUCAAGAAACUUGAUGACAAUCUUGAAGAAAUAAGAAUUGUAGCUAAGGAGAGAGAUGAGCUAAAGAGAAUGGAAAAGUCUCUCAAAAUGGAGAGAAACCAAAUCAGAGAAAAUUUAAGAGGAAUGAUAGCUAGAGACCAGCAGAACCACGAUGAAGCAAUAACAUAUGAAGCUAGUUCACAGUGUGCUGGAAUACAGCUCUACACAGAGACCCUCAAAGAAAAGUGCUUUAGGAUAAAAGAGCUUUUGAAGAAAUACUCAGAGAUAAAUAAUUGUGACGAUUGCUUGAAUAUAUUGUCUCUUGACUUGGAAAAGGAGAUCAAAGUCCAAAAAGAGCUUUCAAUUAGAGUGAAAGCAAAACUCUCACUUCCAUAUUCACAAACAAAACAAAUUCAAAAACUUCUCACCGUAAACCAAAGGUGUUCUGCAGAAUUCCAUAGAGUCGUGGAGAAACUUAAGUAUGUGUUAAACUUUGUUACAAAGAUAAAGGAAGAACACCAUGAAUCCAUCAAUAAAUUUGAAAUGGAUUAUAUUAAUGAAGUGGAAAAGCAAAAUGAGCUAGUAAUUAAAAUGCAGCAGCUUCAACAAGAUUAUGACAUACCAUCCAGUGAAUUAAGGGAUCACAAAUUGAACCAGAAUAUGGAUCUACAUAUUGAGGAAAUUCUCAAAGAUUUUUCAGAAAAUGACUUCCUCAACAUAAAGACUGAAUUUCAACAAGUACUAAAGAAGAGGAAAGAAGUAACACAGUUUUUAGAAGAGUGGCUAAAUUCUCAUUUUGAUAUAGAAAUGCUUAAAAAUAAUAUCCAGAAACAAAAUGAUGCCAUUUGCCAAGUGAAUAGUUUCUAUAAUAACAAAAUAAUUACCAUGGUGAAUGAGUCAACCGAGUUUGAAGAAAGAAGUGCUGCCAUGUCUAAAGAAUGGGAACAUGACUUGAGAUCAGUAAAACAAACAAGUGAAAAGAUGUUUCAAAACUACCAAGCUUUGAAGGCCUCUCUGACAUCUAUUGCUAUUAUUAAUUCUACCGCAAAAGAAGAAAAGAAUCCUGCUAUUACUUUAAGAACUAAACAACUAACCACAAAGAAAGUUCAAGAGCUAGAAACCUCAUUACGUGAAGCUAAAGAAAGUGCUAAACAUAAGGAAGGGAAGAUUAUAAAGAUGCAGAAAGAACUUGAGAUGACUAAUGACAUGAUAGCAAAACUUCAGGCAAAAGUUAAUGAAUCAGACAAAUGCCUUGAAGAAACAAGAGACCUGGUCAGAGUACUUCAGGAUAAAGUUGCUUUAGGAGCCGCGCCCUAUAAAGAAGAAAUAGACGAUCUCAAAACAAAGCUGGUGAAAACAGACCUAGAGAAGAUGAGAACUGCCAACGAGUUUGAAAAGGAAAUUGCUUUAAAAAAUGCCACUGUUGAAUAUCAAAAUGAUGUUAUAAGGCUAUUAAAAGAAAACCUUAGAAGAAGCCAACAGGUACAGGAAACUUCACUGGUAUCAGAAAAUGUUGAUCCUCAGUCUACACAUAAAAUCAUAACCUGUGGGGGUGGCAGUGGCAUUGUACAGAGCACUAAAGUUCUAAUUUUGAAAAGUGAACAUAUGAAGCUAGAGAAUGAAAUUUCGAAGUUAAAAAAGAAAAAUGAACAGCUAAUUAAGCAACAGAAUGACAUAUUAAGCGACAAUGAGCGUCUUUCCAAAGAGAUCAAAAUACUGAAGGAAAGAACCAUUAAGAGAGAAGCUCACAAAGAAGUUAUUUGUGAGAAUUCUCUAAACUCUCCUAGAGGGCUUGGAACACCUUCUAAGAAUAGAAAAAGUAUGCCUUCGCGGUGUAAGGAACGGAAUGUACAAGAUCCUGGGCCAAAGGAGUCUCCAAAAUCUUGGUAUUUUGACAGCCAAUCAAAGUCUUUACCAACAGCUCAUCCAGUUCACUAUUUUGAUAACUCGGGUUUAGGCCUUUGCCCAGAAAAACAUAUAGAGGAAGCAGAGAAUGUGGACCCCCAGCCAGGUCCCUGGCAUACCUCUUCUGAAAGAGAUGCACCUGAAUGCAAAACCCAGUAA